AUGGUGAGCCAAAGUUCAGGGUCUGAUGUGAAUUCAAACCGGAGCUGGGAUCCUCUUUGCAGCACAUGUGGUAGAGUUACAACUGUUGCGAAGUCAUGGACCAAUGACAAUCCGGGUAGAAGAUUCUAUAAAUGUGUUGUUCAUGGAUUCUGCAAUUGGGCAGAUGAACACUCACCAUAUGGGUGGCAGAAGGUGAGCUUACUAGAGGCGAUAGAUGAGAUUAAGCAGCUGAAAGAAUCUCUUAGGGCAAUGAAUGAGCAAAUGGUAAGUGGUUCCAACACCGAUUUACUGAAGACAGAGGAUGAAGAGAAAAAGAAGCUCGAGAUUUCAGUUAUGGCAGCUACUGAGAGGGAAAAAAUGCUUCGACAGUUCAUCUUGUUGUCUUGGGGCGGAUUCAUUGUUGUAAUUGGGUUGAUUCUUGCAAUGGGGAAGUAG